AUGAUGUUUCCUCAAGUAAUAUCAGAGGACGUAGGUUUAUACAAAAAGACUGAAUCCUGCUUUCAAGUAAGUGAAAACGCUAUGCCUGCACUUAAAUCUAACAGAAAAGUACCGUUCAUGGCAACUGAAAUUGUAAAUGAUGAGUUGGACAGACUGAAAAAGAGUGAAAUCAUUAAAAAGGUGGAUUACUCUAAGUGGAUGGCACCCAUUGUGUGCACCAAGAAGAAAAAUAAUAACAUUAGGCUGUGUGCUGAUUUCUCUACAGGAUUGAACAUCUGCUUAAAGACAUGCCACCGUCCACACCCGACUCCAGAGGAUAUUUUUGCAAAAUUAAAUGGUGGAAAAAUUUUCUCCAAAUUGGAUCUGUUUGACCUUUAUUAUGGAUUAAAGUAA